AUGCAUAUUGCGAAAAUAAUCUCCGUGAUUACGUUCACACAUGGUCAUAUAUUACAAACAUACACACACACGCACACACUACACAAUUGUAUAUCUAUCUAUCUAUCUAUCUAUCUAUCUAUCUAUCUAUCUAUCUAUCUAUCUCUCUAUCUAUCUAUCUAUCGUAAAAUUUCAAUGAGCAUUCACCAUGUGCUUAUCUAUCUAUCUAUCUAUCUAUCUAUCUAUCUAUCUAUCUAUCUAUCUGAUUCUUUUCUCUAUCUAUCUAUCUAUCUAUCUAUCUAUCUAUCUAUCUAUCUAUCUAUCUAUCACAGUCUCUUCGUGAUCUAUCUAUCACAAUCUGUUUGUGAUCUAUCUAUCAAAGUUUUCUAUCUAUCUAUCUAUCUAUCUAUCUAUCUAUCUAUCUAUCUAUCUAUCUAUUUCCCGAAGAUUGCGUUCAAACCUGAGUUUAUUCAAAUCUAUCUAUCUAUCUAUCUAUCUAUCUAUCUAUCUAUCUAUCUAUCUAUCUAUCUAUCUCUUUCUCUCUCUCUAUGUAUAUAUAUAUCACAAUCUGUUUGUGAUCUAUCUAUCUAUCUAUCUAUCUAUCUAUCUGUUCAUGAUCUAUCUAUCUGUUCAUGA